AUGCUCGCGCGAUUCAGACCUUUACAACGUCUCUCACAUAACAUCACCAACAACAGACCCUUCACAACCACUACAGCGCUCAAGAUGAAGGCCUACUGGUUCGACAACCUCCCCGGCGACCAACGCCUCCCCCACGACAGCGGCCGCCCCGUCCCACCCCAAAAGCUCUCCGAACUCGGCAUCAUCCACCACUCCCUCCCCAACAACCUCGACGCAGUGAACAAGAUCGCCUCCGACCGCGCUUACAAGAACCGCGACACGAUCGAGAUCAGCCCCGAGCUCCUGCCCGGCUACGAGGAGAAGGUCAAGAAUUUCUUCCAUGAGCAUUUGCAUGAGGAUGAGGAGAUACGGUAUAUCCUGAAGGGAGGCGGGUACUUUGAUGUGAGGGGGAAGGAGGAUGAUUGGAUCCGGAUUCGGUUGGAGGAGGGGGAUUUGAUGAUUAUGCCCGCGGGGAUUUACCAUCGAUUCACGACUGAUGAGCAGAAUUAUACGAAGGCGAUGAGGUUGUUUAAGGAGGAUCCGAAGUGGACGCCAUUGCAGAGGGGGGAGGAGACGGAUGCGAAUAGCUUUAGGAAGGAGUAUCUCCAGAGUCGUGAUGGUGGUUUGACUGCUUGA